AUGUUCCUCCAUAUUUCAAUCCUCCAAAUCUUUCUCAUUUCCCAAGUCAAAUCUUCCGAUGAAUGCACUGUAACAUAUCAACUCGAUGAAAAUAAUCCAAUUUUUGCUUUUCCUGUCGAUUUCUUUUGGACUGACGGAAAACUUAAUGGCACCCUGAUUUGCUUAAAAACUUGUGCAGACUGUGAUCUUUUCUUUGAUGUCACGAGGUUUUGCAUUCUUCCACCGGAUAACGAUUCUCCAAAUUGUCCACCAGAAAUGGGACUGAGAAUCAAUGGAGAAAUGGUGAAAGUAUCCGAUUGCAAAACAGAGGUUCCUUACUCUGAUUUUGGUUUGCGAACACUUCUUGAAAGAUGUACAAUGGAGUUGAAAGGAGAUCAACACUUUGAUUGGCUUCAGAUGAUAAAGAUCCGACUGGAUCUUUAUCAUCUUUAUGGAUCCUCAUUUGCUGUCCGAGUCAAACAAUGGAUUGAUCCCAAUUACGAUUAUCAAUUGGAAGCAAUGAAUAUGCGAUCAUCUAUGGACAUCAGUGCAAUCAAUAUCACUUAUCCGAAAUCUCCCCGUCCGAUUUAUGUAAUUCUUCCACUGCAAAUCAAUCAAUGCAAUGAACUCAACGAUCUUCGCUCUGAUGACCCGGACUGUUCGUAUGAUUUAUUCAUCGGAAUGCCACCGGGAAAGACUUCAGACGGUGUUGAUCGAAGAUUGUGCCAUUACGAAGACAAGAAUUCACCAUUUGCUACAACAUCCACACUUCGAUUCUCUAAUUUCCUUGAAUCCUCCCUUUACAAUAUCCUCAUUCCACCAAAUUGUUCCCCUCAUCUAUCAAUCGAAAAAGCAACUAUUCCAAGGCUCCUCACUCUAUCUUGUUGGAUG